UCUGAAAGUCCAAGUUGUUUUCGAAGAGUAGAAAUGUUUUGAGGUGAAAAAGUCUUUCUCUCGUAAAAUAAAUGGUUUUCAACCAAAAAUGGGAGAGACUAACGUCAUUUCCAACACAAAUAAUGAAUUCUCGUCGCUUCUACGUCCUCAGAGAAUUCCCCCUGUAAGUGACAUAGAAUAUUCUGCACAAUUCUGGCCCAAAUUAGAAGGAGCUAUUUUAUUAAUACUACGGCAAAAUCCUGGUGAAUUUAUACCAAUAUCAUACGAAGAGAUGUAUAGUGCUGUUUACAAGUGUGUGUGUCAGCAAUACUCUGAGAUAAUGUACAAGAAUUUAAUUGAUUUAGUAACGAUACACUUGACAGAGGUAACAAAGGAUCUACAGGGCACAUCUGGGAAAACGUAUUUGGAGAAGUUUGAUUUUCUGAUGGCUCAGUACCUGCAGGCUGUUACAGGCAUUGUUGCGAUUUUUAAUUACAUGAAUCGAUUUUAUGUUGUACCAAAGCUUCAUGCAGAUCUUACAGUAGAGCUGAAAAGAUUAUUUACAGAAAUUGUUGCUGAUAACCCUUUUUUAUUUAAUAUGAUAGAUGAAGUAUCUCAAAACCCAUUUGCUGUCAGUCCACAUACCAUGAUGUCUGUCAUUAAAGGACUCUACUCACUCAAACCAGAGUUUGCUGAAAGAAAUCCCUCUCUAUUUGCCAAGUAUGUACCUAAUUUAUUACCAGCAUCCAGACAUCAAGACCUUCCUUUAUUCAUUGAAGAAACGAGACAGCUACAAAGAGACCUUAUUGACCAAUAUGGAUAUACCAGAGAAAACUCAGAUAGAAAAAGACGUGGAGAUGAGUUACAAGGAGAUAGUGAAUAAUCUAGAGAAAUAAUAUAGAAGACGAUUGGUUCUAGUGAUAGCUACAGCCAAAGCAGUGCGUAACUUCAAGAGGAGUCAUCAAGCAUGCAGAAAAAGAGAGUCCCAGAGUCAACAGUAUGUGAUAGGAUACGACUUACUAGGAGCAGGUCAAUCCUUUGUGCCAUCAUGGUGCUAAAGUCUUAAUUAAUUAAUUAAUUUCUAUUUAGUUAUUAGACAUAGAAGUACCAAUACCAAUAGAUAGUUUUUAUUGAAAUCAUAGUUACUGCUAAAUACAAUUAUCAAGAGAAAAUCUAGUUUAAUUAGGAUUAUAUUAAUGUUAAUUUCUCUAUUCACCAAAAAAUAUCCAUACUCCUAGUAAAUAGUAUUGUACUUUGUGUAUAAUACCUAAAAUAUUCUUUCCUUGAAAACGUAUAACCAAUCCUUACCUAUUACCCAUUAGGGAUUGUAUUCCCCACUUGUGGGGGGAGGGGGUUAUGGAUAUUUUAUGGAGCUAUGCAUAUGAAAUUCUUUUGCAGUGUAAAGGUAUUAUUUUGUCAUUUCUUUUUUAUUUUCCACUCCCAAAUAACACUUGGAAAAUAUCUAUGAGUUAUUUUUAGCCAUUAGUGAGAAAUGGGCUGACGUGGGAGUGUGAAGAUGAAAGUGGAUUUUGGAGUAUUUUAUUGUCUUAGACUCACACAUAUUAUAGAUAUGAACUUCUUUCCUAGUACGUCACUGAAGCUAUGCUACAUGGAAAUGAAACUAGUUUAUUGUGUGUAGUUUAUUACAAUGUUUUUAUAUUAAAUGAACCUUGGACUAAAAAAA